UAAGACUGCAGUCAGUUGCUGUGAGACACACAGUUACACUGUGAAUGCCAAAGUUCAUGGUCAUAGAACAAUAUAACUUACUAUAAAGUGAACAAGAUGUCGGACAGAGCAGACUUACUGCUGGAGCUGAAACGGAGAGUUGGCUGCUGUAUAGACGAAGCCAAAGCAAAGCUCCAUGUGCUCAGUAAGGACAUAUGGGGCUGUCCAGAGCUGGCUUAUGAGGAAACCAGGUCUCAUGACAGACUGGUGGCGUUUUUCAGUCAGGAGGAGGGCUGGAAGGUCGACAGUCACUUCAAACUGGAGACUGCAUUUCGAGCCACUUGGGGAACUGGAGGAGGCGGCGAGCAGCAGGUCAACAUGGGCUUCCUAUGUGAGUACGAUGCCCUGCCUGGUAUUGGACACGCGUGUGGACACAACCUGAUAGCUGAGGUUGGAGCUGCUGCGGCUCUGGGGCUCAAAGCUGCGCUCGAGACCACAGAGAAGAAGCUCCCUGUGGGGGUGCAGGUGACGGUGCUGGGGACCCCGGCUGAGGAGGACGGUGGAGGUAAAAUUGACAUGUUAAGAGAGGGAGCCUUUGAUGGCCUCGAUGUGGUGUUUAUGGCCCACCCAUCAAAAGAGGAUGCCACAUACCUUCCCUGUGUGGCAGAGCACGAUGUAACCAUAAAGUAUCAUGGUAAGGCGUCUCAUGCCUCGGCCUACCCCUGGGAGGGAAUCAAUGCGCUGGAUGCAGCUGUGCUGUGCUACAACAACCUGUCUGUGCUCAGGCAGCAGAUGAAGCCAAAUUGGAGAGUUCAUGGUAUCAUUAAGCAUGGGGGAUUGAAACCAAACAUCAUCCCUGCCUACACUGAGCUGGAGUACUACCUGAGAACUCCCUCACGUACUGAGCUUCCCGUCCUAAAGGCAAAAGCUGAGAUGUGCUUUAGAUCGGCUGCUGUGGCAACUGGUUGUGAGGUUGAAGUAGAGUUUGCAAGAAAUAAAUACGACAACAUGCUGCGCAACGCUGCACUGGAGGAGCUGUACGAGUGGAACGGCAAGUCUCUGGGGAUGGACUUCACCACAGAUGAAGAUGUUCUAAAUAAUGAAUCUGGCUCCACAGAUUUUGGCAAUGUGACAUUUGUUGUUCCAGGGAUCCAUCCGUACUUCUACAUUGGUUCUAAUGCUUUGAACCACACAGCGGAAUACACUGUUGCUGCUGGUGAUGACAGAGCUCAGUUCUUCACCCUGAGGACGGCAAAGGCUCUGGCCAUGACGGCCCUGGAUGUACUGCUGCUGCCAGAGCUGCUGCAGAGGGUGAAACAGGAGUUCACUGAGGCCAAACUGAAGGAGGACAGGAAGCUGACAGGAGGAGACCCCACAGAGUGCUAAACACUGUUGAUCCUUCCUGCACACGGACAACAGACUCUGGAAGUUCCUGUUGUAAAAUGCAGCGUCCAGGGCUGAAGAGUACUUUACUACAUUUGAGCCUUUUUAUUACAAUCAUUUCAUUAUGAACAUGUGUAUGAAUGUGCUUUACUGUGGAGGCAGGAAGCUGCUAUUGAUGAUGUAUCUGUGUUGUUUUUGUUACCCUGAUAGAAAUUUACUUUCACUAACUGGUUAAACUGAGAAAUCCUUUUUUGAUUAACCCUUUCUAUUACUCAACUGUUUUUUCUUUUUUGCUUGAGCUGGUUGAUAAAAAGUGACACAGUUAUCAAUUCAAUUCAUUAAGCCUACUCUUAAAUGUUAUGUACAUUGAUAUUAUAUGAUGUUGAAAAAUAUCAACUGACUUUUUUGAGCAUGUUAUCUGCCCGAACCGCAUCACUCACUGCCCAUUUCUACUAGUAUAAGCAUUCGUAAAGUAAAUUCGUAAAGUGAAUAAAAUAUCAAUAAUUUACUGCUGAGUUGCUUAUGUUGAUAGACUUUAUUUGCUACAGAGGAGAGAGGCGAGAGGAGAACGUCAUGAAGCAAUUUUAGGUUUCGUACGAUUGCCAAGAACUUCAAUAUAUAAGUUAAUACCUAUUAAUUAAUGCUACCCAACUAAAUAAUAUAUAGUAAAUAAUAUUUAGUUAUUUAUGUAUUUAUUUAUCCAUCUGCACAAUUCCUUAAAGAAUUUUACUAUAAGUUCAAUAAACCACAUUGUAUAUUUAAUAUUGAGUAUUGAGAACCACUGUUCUAACAUACAGAUCUUGCCCCUACGUGUUACACUUUUAUAGAAUGGCCAUUCUAUCCUGCUGGUUCUAUUGACAUUUACUUCUGUUUCACCUGUCUAUAUUUUUUCAUUCUCCAAUUCAAACAGGACAGACAAUCUGACCCUUUUUUAAAUUUUGUUUUCAAGUGUUUUUCUUAUAUUUUCGUUUUCAAAGGAAGAAACUUACUGCCAGAAUGUACACUUUGGUUGUGUUUUUGUAUUACGGAUUAUCCG